AUGAAUGGCAAAAAGCAAAGGCCUGACCCUCUGUCUUACAAAAUCAGUGUCAGCAGUUGGGAGUCUCCCAGCCGCUCCGGGCCUCCCUGCGCUCCGGCCACCCCAGCGCCCCAUGGGGAGAGACUCCUCCAAGGCAGGUCCAGCCCCCCCCGGGCAGCGUGGCUCUGGUCCUGCCAGGGGCGGUCUGGAGGGGGCCCAGCCCCGGCUGCCCCUUACCCCCGCGCUAGGUUCCUCCUGCGAGGGGAGGAAGUUGAGUUGGGCGAGGGGAGGGGAGCCGCCGCUGUUGGCGGCGCAGCGAGCUCCUCCUUCUCCCCAGCUCUGAGCUGCAGCCGGGCAGGAGAGCGGAGCGGGCAGGGGCCAGCUGCCACCCCCACCCAGCCCCUGAAAGGGACCCCGAGGGGAGAAAGGGAAGCGGGAGCAGCCGCCGCACCUCGCCAAAGGGGGGAACAUUGUAUCUCCGCGGCGCGUCUGCUUCUUUGUCUGCUUCCCACCGCCCCCUGCCAGGGAGAGUUGCCGGAUUGUAGCCCCCCCACCCGGAGCAGGGGGGGCCGCUUUUGUGGCUGGGACAGCGCUGCCCGCGGAUCCCCGCCGCCCCUCCUCAGGGGGGAGGCGAGAGAGGGGACCCCCCUGCGCCCCCAGCCAGCUCGGAGGGAAAGGGGCGAUCGAGAAUGCGCUGCGCUUCGGGGCUUUCUCCGGAGAGAGGAGGCGGACGAGCGAGAGCAGCGAGGAGGGGCUGAUUAUUGUAUUCUUAUUUUGUGCCUUGCCCAGCGCCGGGACGCCGCAGAGGAGAGCCCCAGGGCUGUGUGCCUCCUCGCCCCGGGUGGCGGGUCUUUGUUUGUUUGCCACGUGAACCCACUUCUGGCCGGCCGGAGCCCCAGACAAAGCCCCAUUGAGAAGAGGGCAGGGGAAGUCCAGCAACUCCAAGGGGAGGCUGGAGAGAGACAAGCGACCCUCCCCCGCGAGCAGGAGCCACCUGAGGGGAGGGGGCAGGCGGGGGUGGGUCUCAGCCCCCCCCCCCCACGCGUGUCUCUCUCCUUUCCUGGCUGGAGCUGGGCGAGGGAGCCGAACCCAGUGCGUGGGGAGAGAGAUGCUGCAAGGAGCCCCUGAGCUGGGAUCUAUGGAGCAUUUUAUAGGGAAGAAGUAAAGCUGCCAAAAGCCCCGCCGGGGAGUGAGAAAAAAGGCGUCUUGGAAGUGUCGUCGUCCCCCCCCCCCGCCCCGAAAUGUUUCCCGCACUGGCUGCACAUCAACAUGGAAAGGCGCAAUAGCACUUUACGGGCUUGCCAGGGGAAGCUUCUAAACUAGCCCAGGAACCUCCAAAUCCAAGAGGAGGAGCUGCUGGUGUGU